CGUCAUUCGUCAUCAUGAAAGCAUCUAUACCCAGACAAUAGAGUAAAGCCGUUGAAUACAUUCAAGCGAAAACCAAUAGUCUCCCUCUUCUUUCAACUUGCAUGUACAGAAUAAUACAUUCGUCUGUAUAGGUCGUCUGAUGUGACUCUUCGCGAUACUCUAAAUAUAUCCUAGUUUACAUUUGAGGACUUUCGAUUCCUUUCUGCUUGUGGAUCAGAAAUAUACCCCAAUUCUUGCUUGGGUUCGAUUUUUGAUGUCUGUUUUCGAAUGAUAGUAUUCUGAAGCUGAAGCGAGAGCAAGAGGACACUUAUAUUUUGGGAAUAUAUUGAGGUCACGUCAAUGGGGAUAUUCGGGUGACCUCAACCUCGACAAGAUACCAACAUCACGUCACCAUCAUCAUCGUAUCAAGAUGGAAUAUAUUGGAACUAUUACUCUGCUAAUACUAAGCGCCACAGCGCUUCACGAUGUCUCGGGGGCAGAGAUUCGGGAAAAGAGACAGACUGCGAGGCUCAACGUAAGAGACUGUAGCCCUUUCAUACCGUACUACCCAUCAACGACGUUUAACUCUGAUGUUCGACUUGCUGAGUUACGGCGCCAGAUGCACUUACGUUACGAUUACCAGGCCUAUAUAAUACCCGGAUACGAUGCUCACGGGAGUAUUGACCUUGCUGAUCCUGACAAGCGUAUAUGGUAUAUGACUGGAUUCAAUGGAACAGGAGGUGUUGCUAUUGUGACAAGUGACCGAGUGACGACAUCAAACUCAAGGGCGGCCAUAUGGGUUGAAAAAAGGUUUGAGCUUCUGGCGAAACAACAGAUAGAUUGCAACUGGGAUAUACAUGUCUUAGAUGACAAGAAUGAUUUGACUCCAUGGCAAUGGCUCCUGCGAGAGUAUGACCUUGAUCCCCAAGACCUCUUAUCCGGGGAGCUGCGGGGAGCCGGACUGGAGAAUGGUGCUAGGGUCGGAUUUGACCCUCUACUUAUGCCUUACGGAUUCUGGUACGAGCUCCAAGAGACAGAUCGCCUGGAGCCCCGCUCCGUCAGCCUCCAAGCCACACCCCUUGUAGAUUUAGGCCUCACUGUAGAGGAACGUAAGACCAAUCUAGUGGAUAGGGUCCGCAUAGAGCUGGCGGGGCGUGAAGGGGUGAUUGAUCCAGAUAGGAUUGAACCAUUGGAUCAGUUCAACCCCUACGGGUUGACCUACCCCGGACGGGAAAUCUACAUACAGGACAAGGAGCUUUACGCAGGUUAUGACUGGCAGGAUAAAGUAUACCGUCGACGUCAGACAUCCCUGGGGAACCCCAUCCUGUACUUUAAGAAUCUGCGAGAACUCAUGGAUGAAAAAGAUGUUGAUCUACUCAUCAUAACGAGGCUCGACGAAAUUGCCUGGUUGUUCAAUCUACGCGGAGAAGACAUCCCGUACAACCCUCUCUUUAUUUCGUUUGCUAUCGUCGGAACACAGUAUAUCAAUCUUUAUCUGUAUGAUUCCAAUCGCCGACUGGACUCGGAGAGAUUCCACGAAUUGAGGGAACAUCUGGAGCUCGAUACAGCAAGAUGUACAAGCUAUACUUCCUUCCCAACAACUUGCAUAAGAGCGAAGGAUAUAUCAGCCUUUACUGACGACCUCUCCACUAUAUCGUUUAGCAAGAAGGUGUGGUUCAGUAACUCGUCCAACUACUUUGUCUACAAGACUGUCACAGAAAGGGACGAUGUUAGAAAUGACAGGAGUAAAUACAUUAUGGAACCUUCCCCAAUUCUUUUGAUGAAAGCUGUCAAGAAUGAUGUCGAGGUGGAGUCAAUGAACUUGGCAUUUAUAGCAGAUUCAGUGACGACGAUAGAAGUAGCAGCUUGGAUGGAUAAUCUACUCCAGAAUAUGGUGAAUCCAAAAGAAGGGGAUGAUCGAUCAUUGACAGAGUGGCUGGUUUCACAAAGGACAGAAACUAUAAGAGAAUCACACACUAGCUAUCAAUAUCCAAGUUAUGAGACUAUAGCAGCCGUUGGAUACCACAGUGCAAAUUAUUAUUACCAUCCAAUAGAAGAUGAGCGCUUCGCCAUCCCUACUGGAAAGAUGUUCCUCUAUGACAUGGGAGGACAAUAUAGGGAAGGAACGACUACACUAGCAAGAACUUUCUUCUUUGCCAAAGAGUGGUACGAGGAUAAUGAGAACCGCUAUGAAUACGACCGCUCCUAUGAUCCAGCAACACCGUCCGAAUUCCAAAAGGAGGUAUACACUCGCAUUGUACUUGGACUUAUUGAUUUGUCUAUGGCCAAAUUCCACACAAAUGUAUAUGGGCGUGAUCUGGAUGCCAUUGCCCGCCAGUACUUGUGGGACGUGGGUCUGGACUACUUCCAUCCAACCGGAUACGGUGUGGGACAGUAUCUCACCCCUCAUGAAGGUCCUGUUUACAUCAAUUCCGAAUUCAUGGUGGACGAACAGCCAUUCAACCGCAGCAUGUUUAUUUCUGCAGGUCCCGGUUAUUACUAUCGUGAUCCUGAUGGUGAUAGGGAGAGUGACUUUGGUGCGCGUGUCACAAAUGUUCUCUAUGCCAAACCUGUCCCACGAACACCAUAUGAAUUUUUGAACGAGGAUGAAAGCGAUGACGUACAGUACCUUGAAUUUGAGACAGUGACCUUUGUACCUUUUGAGCCAAGGCUGAUCAAAUUUGAAUACUUCACAAGAAAACAGCUGGACUGGUAUAACGACUACAGUGCACAAAUCAGGGAAAAAAUGAGCGGUCGUCUCUCUGGAGACGCGCUAAAAUGGAUGCAGAGGAGAACUCGCUUCCAGAGGUACAAGUGGGACUACAUUGGUGGGGCAUCAACAAUCUCAAAGACUACUACAGCCAUUAUAGUUACAGUGCUUUCUUUUAUAACAUCUCUUCUUUUGCUGUAGAUAUGUUUUAUUCAUUAUUUCAAUAUGUUUUCUUUGUAUUGAUUGUCAAAAGCUCCUGUGAUGAUUACAUUUCCGGUAUUAAGAACUGACAAAACAAUUUUUGUCGAUGAGAUCACCAUAAAUGCCAAUAAAUGAUUACCAAUCCUAAAGCCAAUAUGGAAAUCUCUUUGUGGUUUUAAGUUGUAAGCCUUCACACUGGAUUACAUAUAUAGUGAUGGUCAAGAGUUAGUGAACCCUGCCAGAAAAUGAACAUAAUUAUUUGAAGUGUUCCAGUUCUGCUUUGUUUUAGAUAUGUAAUUAUUUAAGUUUCUUUGGGCUCGCUGAACAUUGUAUUGUUGUUGUCUACAUCCAAUACUCACCAUGAAGGAGUGCCUUCUUUGGGUAAGGUUCACUAACUUUUCAGCACAACUGUAUGUGAAGUCAAGUUCGUCUGCUCUCUGCUGUAUCUGAAAACCAAAUUUUGAGUAUGAAUCAUUUUAUCUUUAUCUGAAAUUCCAUUUUUAUUCACUGAUUGUGUUUGUGAUGUUAUGGCAUCAUGACACGAAAGCCAAUUGCAAUAAAUGGCCUAUAACUCAAACCAUGGAGUGCUUUUAAAAAUCAUUUCUAUUACAAAAUGAUAUCUUGCUGUGAAUGCUAAAAAAGAUAAUUUUUGGUUAUUUGUUUAUAGUUGAAUUCAUAUCCCAAUCCGAAAAAAUAUGGGAUUUUGUUGUUUACAAAUACAAUUCAUGCUUUAUUCUAAGUAUUAUAUUGUUCAGCUUUCUUACUUCAGUGUUAAAAAAUGGGCCUGUAUAGUAUUUGUACUGUAUUCACUUUGUGAUUGAUUAGAUGUAUUCCAUUUCUGAAACCAAUUUCAUUUGAGAUAUUUGUUGAAGGUGGAUGGAGGCAUGAAUCACAAAACAUUGUUCUCUGUUUUUUUUAACAUUAUAAGCUGUGAUUUACCUUAUGAAGGUUUCCAUGGCGAAGAAGAAUACAAGUGUAAUUGAUUCAUGGUACGCCAUGUAUUCUUCCGUGGGCAUAUAUAUUGGUCCUGAAAAGGAUCACCAAACGUGGCAUUUCAAAAAGUGUGUUCUCGUCAUAUUCAGGAGUGUGAUUGAUUUAAUUGGAAAUAUCUCUGGACUAGUCCUCAAAACUUUCUCCUAUAGGCCUAGUGUGUGUGUGUCUUCCCUAUCAGGGGCAUUGUUCGGAGAUAGGCAGGUAUUCUGAAUUUUGGCUCAAUUUUAAAAAAAAUUAAGCUCCAUGGUCAAUUAUGGGUUGCCUGAUGUGUCACCUAGUAAUCACACGGCCGUAUGCAGAUUUUUUUUUUCCAGCAGAGCAGGAAAGGGAAGGGUGCGGGAGGGGGCAGGGGCCAUGGAAUGGUUUUUAAAUGGGGCACGGGGGCUGAGCCGAAAGUGGGGAGGGAGGCUAACCAUGCAAAUAAACACAAUCAGAUGGUACAUUUGUGUACACUGUUUUGGAAAAAAGUGGGGGGGGGGCUGAAACACACCCAGCCCCUCCAUUCCCCCAUUUUCCGCAGCCCGGGAAGGGGGGGGGGGGGUGGAGUGGACAUGCAUAUGCAUUUUUAUUCAAUUCAUUUUGGAAAUACAACUGUCCAUCAUUGUCUUAUAUUUAAAUAGGAUUAAUGACAAAGUAGUGUGCAUUGUAAGAUUGUGAGAAUCAAGCACAGUAAAUGGAUUCACACAUAGUAUAAAAGAUAAUAAGUGUAAGCAAUUUUUUUUUUUUAAAUGAAUACCAUGGCUUGACCAGUACAAAAUCAACUGCAUGACAUAUCUGAUAUCACACCUCUCGAACGUCGCAGCACGAGUUCAGAGUUGUUUCUAUCUAGUCUACUGUACUAAUAAAGUUAUGAAAAUCGAGACAGGUGAUUGGGGAUUCAUGUUCAGUAUUCCAUAAUCAUUUCAGUUUUCGCAAGCUAGCCCCCUCUCUUCACUCAAAAAUAUGAAUAGUGGUGCUUUUUUUUUUUCAUGCUAAGCUCUUGAGUUUAAUUUACCAAGAAAAAAUGUUAAGUGUUUCUUAUGUUAAGGUUUAUGAAACAAAGUUUCAAACAUAAUUUUAUGGUUAUUAAAAGAAGUUUAAUUCUCAUCAUGUACCUGUAUGUCGUGCCUUGUAAAUUUGCUUAUUGUACUUUUGAGUAGAUAAUCACUACUGCUGCUCUCAUGGAAAAAAAAAAUGCACAAAUUGAAGAUGAAAUCUCGAUUUUCGAAAAAUUUCACAAGAGAUAAAUUACUGAUCAGCAUUCACAUAUUUUCAUUAAUACUUUAUGUAUCCUUUCUUCUAUAGAAAAAAUAACUUGUUAAUAGGGAUCAAUGUGUAGGCUGAAAGGUUUUAUAUGCAGGUAGAUACUCUCGAAGGAAAAUGUUUAAAAGGUUAUUUAUGGAGCGAAUUAUAAAUAGAACAAAAGGUGAAUUUAGGAUGAUUUCACUCGAAAAGCCCUUAUGAUUGUACACUUAAGUUUCAUUAGAAAAUCACUCUUGAUAAAGUCAGGCAAGUGUGUAUGUCAGUAUCACUUGUUUUCAGCGAGUAUUCAAAUUUUGACAUCGCGGAGCUAGUCUCGGUAAUGUUUUUAAAAAAUCUUCAGGAAAACAUGUGACAAUAUUCCUCAAAUUUUUUCCAGUGCCAAGAUUUAUAGUUUUCUAUUGCAUUAGAUAUCAUGUCUCUUUUAAUAGAUAUGUUGUAUUUAUAUUUGUAUAUAUUUAUCACUUUUGUAUAUUCUGGUGAACAGGGGCAAUUCUUAUGGAUUGUAAAUAUCUAGAAUAUUGCCUAUGGAAUUAGAUUGUAGUAAUAUCUGUGUCACAGCUGUUUUGAUUAUGCUUCAUUUUUAAAGAUAUAUCUUGUUUUUGAGGUGAUUUCGCUGAAUUGAUGUGAACAACCAAAAAUUGCUGCAUGCAUAGGCCCCUAUAAUUUUUGAUAAUCUCUCCUGAUUAAUGAUGCACAAAUUAUUGAAUGUUUAUUUUACAGUAUGUUACAAUUUCGUGGGCUGGAUGCGAUUUCUCAUUUUUAAAAGGAAAUGUCCUGGGUUGCAUUUAUGUGAAACAUUUUACCAUAAGCACACAUUUCAGAUGAGAUUGCAUAAUAUGAGAUUUGAUUUAUUUUCACAGUAAAGUGUAAAAACACAUUGAAUAUCAUAGUACUAUUAAACUUUGUAAUUAUACAUCUA